AUGGUCAUUCAAGCAAAACCUUUGCAUGAAUCGGCAAUUAUUUCAAAUGGCAAUAAAUUAACAAAAAAUUAUCAACAACUUUAUGAACUUUACAAAAUUAUGCGUGAAGAUCCACGUCUUGCUUCUGUAUCCAAUUAUGAUAUUGUCUUAUUUAUCCAUAGAAAUUUCAUUUCUAAUACAAAAAGUAAUAUGAAUUUUAUGAAACCAGAAUAUUCAAACUAUGAACGUAAUCAACAACAAGACAAUAAAUUUAAAUGA